GUAGGAGUUUCAGCUAUUGGUAGACUACAGGUGUGACUCUACCAGAGGAAGUUCGAAGGCACUAGCCAGCCAUGCCAUCCUAUGGGAGAGAAAAACAUCUCUGAUCUUAUCAGCAGAGUAGACAUGAUGAUCUCAGAAGAAUCCCAUAUUAAAAGGAAAAAUGGACAAGUGAAAGGUGAUACAGAGAACCUUUAGAAGUUGACACUGAUCUGGGCAAUACACAAGUCAGAUGGCUGACCAAAGACAGCGGACUUUGUCGACAUCUGGAGAAGCUUUAUAUGAAAUUCUUGGUCUACAGAAGGGGGCAUCACAAGAAGAAAUUAAGAAAACCUACAGAAAAUUGGCUCUGAAACACCAUCCGGAUAAGAACCCUGAUAAUCCAGAGGCAGCUGAAAAGUUUAAAGAGAUCAACAAUGCUCACACUAUAUUGACAGAUUUGACAAAGAGAAAUAUUUAUGAUAAAUAUGGGUCCCUGGGACUCUAUGUGGCAGAACAGUUUGGAGAGGAAAAUGUUAACACUUACUUCAUGCUAUCCAGCUGGUGGGCAAAGACUCUGUUUGUGGUCUUUGGCAUUUUGACGGGCUGCUACUUUUGCUGCUGCCUCUGCUGCUGUUGUAACUGCUGCUGUGGACGCUGUCGGCCCAAGUCCCCAAGGGGAGGAGAAGGAGAAGUCUAUGUGUCCCCGGAGGACCUGGAAGAGCAGAUCAGGAGUGACAUGGAAAAAGAGGCAGACUUCCCCAUCACUCUCCAGCCUACCAGUGCAAAUGAGAAAACCCAACUAAUCAGAGAAUCCCGCAGCUAUACUACAGACUCCUAGAUGACCAGCAAGCUCAAGUUCAUGGAUCCUUCUGGAAAUAGCAGCAAUGCGCCUGGCAAGUGGAGGGAUACCUGAAGGAAAGAGCCCCAAUGAUGUUGCAAAACCCCAGGAAUCCCUUUCCUAUUUACACUUUAUUUUGAGGUUAGGCACAGGUGGUUGCAAUGUAAUUUUCUGAGCAUGCAGACUCUCUUUGAGUAGACUUUCUAAUGAAAGAGAUUCGAUUAGACAAAUUAAGAUCUGCAGAAUAUACCUUGUGUUCCCCUUCACUUUUCCCCUCUCCCCAGAUACUAUAGGGGCCCAGCAGAUUUUAAGGACCAAUGUGCCCUUAUGGGCCAGUCCCAAUACUAAAAAUGGGAAUCGAUGAUGGGAGCAUUUCUCUUUUCCUCUAAUAACUAAAAGAAGUCACAAGAACAGUCACUGAUGUUUAAAAAAAAGAAACAAUCCCCGCCCCCCACAUAUUUAGGGGAGAAUUUAAGAAACAUUUAUCAAGAGGGAGAGUUUUCCCAUGACCUCUUGCAGCCAGAGAGAUUUCCCAACUCACUCCUAGUGGGUUUGGGUUGCAUCAUGUUAACAACAUCACUGCAGAUUGUUGACGGGUGGGAAACAACUUAUGCUCAUACAUAAACGUUGGCUUUCACAGACUUUCCAGCAGCAGAAGAAUAUAAGGAAAAGGUUAAAGGGCACUUCACAAAGCAUCCUCUUAAAAUUAGAAUUUGAAAGGUCUAAAUCACCAUUCAAAAAAUUGGGAUUUGCAAAACAUUUCUUUGCUACUAGAUUUCUCCUCUCUUUCCUUCCUCACUCCUUCAAUUAUUUUGCUACAUUAGAUCUUACAAUGAGUUGAGGUAAUUAUUUUGAGCCAUGACUCAGAAUUUGCUGUAAAGUCAUUACCUGCUACUGGCCAUGUUGCAGGGGCUUUGCAUCUUAGAUUAGCUGGAUUAGAAAUAAGAAAGACAUGCCAGAAACACUAACUUUCAGUCCUUAAAUUUCACAGACCUCUUUUUUUUGGAACUGGUUUCAUUCUGAAGAAAAAAAGCUCAGCUAUAUACAUUAGAGGAGGGUGUAUCUAUCUAGAAGAGGGAGGUGAAAUUUGGUCCAUUUUCUGAUUCAAUUACUUCAUUCAUGUUUCAGUAAAAGAGGAGGGAUGGAAGUAAUGAGUAGGGGACAAAAAUAUCUCAAAAAAUUGUACAGGAAUAAAAAUGUAUUGUUUUAAAA